AUUUUCAAAAAAUUUGACCUCUGUCCAACUCAGCAUCCCAUCGCCCCCAACGCAUGUCUCUCCGUCUCCGUUCUGCUACGUCCCUCUCCGCAUCCAUCGCAACACAGAAAUCCGGAGACGGUGGUGGCACAACGAUGACAGCGACACGAAGAUGGCGACGAUGAUGUCCGUCGCACCUGCGACGACGACGACGAUGGAAUCCGCACUCUACCGAGCUCCAGCGAUGGGGUCAGAUCGCGCUGUACCGAGCUCCGAAGAUGGGGUGAGCCAUUGAAGGCGGUCUCCAACCUCGACGAACAACUCUUCUUCUUCCUCUAGUUCUGAUUCAAUGCGGUGGUGGCUCGAUUUCAUAUAUGUGACAAAGUCAAACGGCGGAAUUGGUGUGAAUUGCAACGGUUUGGGUUUCAGGGAUGGGGCUGGGAGGUGGGUUGGGGCUGUGGCAGAUGGAGAGGUGGUUGGGGGAGCUGGAGAGAGGGUUGGGUGAGGCAGGGAAGGGGGGUCAGGCAGGGGCUGGGCUGAGGCAAGGGACGUUCACCGGGAUAGACUGGAAUGGGGGAUUGGGGGCUGCAUAUAGGCUAGGGAGGGUCACCGACGGGAGGAAUGAGGGUGGUGGUGCAGCAAUGGUUGAGGGAAUCUCAAUCGACGGGGCAAGGUUUGGCAGUGUAAAGGGGGCUGGGGAAAUGGCUAGGCAGAGGCGGUGGUGGCCGGAAGCCGGAGAUGAAGCCCUGGGAAUGGCGGCGGUGGCUGUUGGUUGCUGGCGGCGUUGGGCGGUGGUGGCCGCAGGAGAUGUGCGAGGGUGAUGUGUCCGGUUGGUCACUAUAGGAUUGUGACGGGCCAUUGACGGUGGCGGCGGCAGUGGCCUGGUGGUGGUAUACAGUUGCGUUUGUGACGACAGUCACUUGGGGCGGCGGCAGUCACUAAUCAGGGCGGUGCCAGUCAAACGAGGGGGCGACGGAGUCACUGUCGCGGUGGAGUCACUGUGACGGCAGAGUCACUAUGGUGGUGGGUCACAGGUCACUGUGACGGUGAAGUCACUUUGACCGAAGUCACUUUGACCGAAGUCAUUUGCAAUGCAGGGUUUAAUUAUGAUGUUAGGUCAUAUUUUUGAAUUUUGAAAAAGAUGUCACAUUUUAUCUUUUUUAGUAAUAUAUACAGGCCAAAAGGCCCAAAAAUCUCAUGUUGUUUUCUGCCUUUUAUGAUGGUUCUGAACUUUGAAUAUGUAACUUCUUAUCAGUGUAGGAAUCAGUAUAC